CUCAUGUGGUCCUCUUCCCUUUUCUUUCCGAAGCCAUCAUGCCGGUGAAAUCCAAAAAGAAGCAGCAAAAGAAGAAAACUCAACUGAAGUUCUCAGUUGACUGCACCCAUCCUGUUGAAGAUGGAAUUAUGGAUGCUGCAACCUUUGAACAGUUUCUGCAUGACAAGAUCAAAGUUCAAGGCAAAACUAACAAUUUUGGAAAUGACAUUGUAGUUGAACGACAAAAGAACAGGGUCACUGUAGUAUCUGACAUCCCAUUUUCAAAGAGGUAUUUGAAGUAUCUCACCAAGAAAUACUUGAAAAAACAUAACCUCCGUGACUGGCUUCGUGUGGUSGCUGCCGACCAGGGCACCUACGAGCUGCGCUACUUCCAAAUCAGUAACGAGGAGGAAGAUGACGAAGGAGAGGAUGAAUCGUAAUUCCAAUCUUUGUAGCUUGUAAYUAUGGUGAAUUAAAAUUUACCUUGGCAAAACAA